AUGUCGUCGAACAAGGUCCCCGACGACAGUGACCCGCUCGUGGUGGCAAACUUCUUCUUUUUUGGGUCGAUAUUUCCCGGCGCCAAUCGAAAAGACCCUCAGUCGUCACCACCAUCCGAGAACGCCGGCGGCCGACGACCUCCGCCGGCGGGAGAAUGGAAGGGAUGGCCCUGGGAUUUUAGCUCGUUCCCCCACGAAGACUUUGGUCCUCAGGUCAACUACGCCAUUUGGAUGUUGACGGCCCUGUCCGCGGUGUUCCUGGCAUUGAGGGUGUACUGCAAGUUCCUCAGACACAAGGGCUUGUGGUGGGACGACCACGUCCUCAUCGUCAGCUGGAUAUCUCUCGUGGCCCAAACUGCGCUGAUUUCCUUCAACGUCAGCAUCGGAUAUGGGCAGCACAUUUGGGACUUCCACCCCAAGGACCUGCAAACGUUUCUGCUCAUGUCCAACUCGAGCGGCUUCUUCUCCAUCUUGGCGGCCAUGCUCAGCAAGACGUCGUUCGCCAUCACGGUCCUGCGCAUCUCGGAGGGCUGGACGCGUCGCUUCGUCUGGUUCAUCAUCAUCACCAUCAACGCCUUCCUGAGCUUCGCCGCGCUCUCCACCUAUGUCCAGUGCACCCCGAGCGAGAAGCUGUGGAGGCCCAUGCUGCAGGGGACCUGCUGGCCCAAGGAGUUCAUCAUCGACUACAACAUCUUCACGGCCGGCUACUCGGGCGCCAUGGACAUCAUCCUGGCCCUGCUGCCGUGGCGCAUCAUUUGGAAGUUGACCAUCAACAAGAGGGAGAAGCUGGGUGUGAUGGUCGCCAUGAGCAUGGGGAUAUUCGCCGGCGCAAUCUCUUUCGCCAAGAUCGAACAGCUCCCAGCCAUCAACAAGUCCGACCUCAUCCACGGCCUCUGGCUCUCGAUUCUCGGCACCGCCGAGGCGGCAAUGACCAUCGUCGCCGCCUCCAUCCCGGUCCUGCGCGCCCUGGUCCACCACAACAGCCCGCAGCGCCACCCCGCACCUGCGCGCUUCGUCAACAACACCGACAUGCUGUACGCCGGCGGAACGAACCUCGGCCGCAACAGCACGACCGUCACGUCCUGGUCCGGCAAGGUGCCGCCGCCGCCACGCGGUCGGCUCAACAAUUACCAGCCGCAGUAUCAGCAGCAGCAGCCGCCGCAUCAGCCGCAUCAGCAGGACUACAACCACCCGAGCCGUCACCAUCAUUUCAGGAGGGACAGUUCGUCGAGCACGAGGAGCUGGGCGCAGCGGCUGCACGUGUCCCGGAAGAGGGAGAGCCCGGACGAGGAGUGGUUCUACAGGCUCGAGGCCGGGAGGGCCCCGCCGAUGGGCAAGAUCGAGGUGGCCGAGGAGGUCAGCGUACAGUUUGAGGACUCGGGCAUCAGGCCGGUGGCGAGGGUGGACAGGCCGGUAAGGGCGGGGAACAGAGGCGGUGGUUACGACCCAAGGGGCCAGCAGCAGCCCGACCUGGAGCGUCAGGCGACGCAGUAUUGGGGUCCGUUGAGGCAGCAGAACCCAGAUGCUGGGGGGAUUUUACGAUAG